UGUCAGGUUUCCGCCAAAACCCGUGCAAGCGUAGCCAAAACCCGUGCACGCGUAUUGUGCACAUCGCGCGUGCGAACGGGACUCGCGCGUGGAGGUUAGAACCUCAUGAGUGAAAAUAUACAUGGCGAGGAGGUCAUUUGUACACUGAGAGGGAGCAAACUGUGUCUGUGAGUGCACAAGGAUGUGCACAAGUGACAAACCUGCGUGCGCUCGUUGGCCAACGAGCACACGGCAGAGGAAAACAUGCGCGCGGCAGCCUCACUGCGCGCUCGGUGCGGCAGCCUCACUGCACGUGUGGCAGCCUUUCUGUGCGCUCGGUUUCUGAUUCUGCUCGCUCGGCUGUUGGGAGUUUUGGCACUCUGGAGGCGUGGAAGAAUUAAAGUGCCAGAAACUGAGCAGUUGAACUUUCAAUUUGAGAGCAGAAUUUCAUAUCAAGAGACCAUCUUUUUAAUUUCAGAAUACUAUUUUAUAUUAUUGCUCUCAAAACUUGUAAUGCUUGCGCUCAAAAUGUCUGCUCUCUUUCAAAUUCACUCUGUUCUCCUUCAAAUCUUUGUUUUUGCGCUCAGAUUUAACCUUCUUACACUGGUAUUGUCUUCUCAUGUGACAACUUUUUCUCUACACGGAUCAAAACUCCUCCCACAAGUCUGUCCCCUGCUCUCACGGAUCUUGUCUGCUCUCGCUCAAAACUUAGAAGUACAAUCUCCUAGCAACCGCUCAGCCAAUAGAAAGACUUGUGGGACUGGGCGGGAACAAACCUCUUUGGGGUGCGCUCGUUUUGAUGCUCUGUGGAUUUUCCUGUGUGGCUGCCGCAUCUGCGCACUAACAGCCUGGCUAAUACCCGCUCUGAUCUGGAGCGAGAGUUUCACCUGCACCAGCAAAAUGGACCAGAACCAACAAGACGCUCAAACUGGUUCCAUCCGAGAAGUUACGAGAAACCUUAUGGAUUUACUGAAUGCUCAUCUACAAGCAGAGGGCCCGCAACAAACACCAACUGUGCCACAGCGCACAACACCAGCGACAACACCUUAACAGACUAUCCCUCGGUCUACAGUUCAUCAAGAAAUGUCAAGGAUUUCCAAGAGCCAGACAUCGACUGGGAUGUUGCUGCAGAGUACAGCCCAGAUGUGGACGGUGCUGCUGUGGUCCCGGAGUUCGACAGUCCCCUCACUGAAGAGCAGCAUGCUGAACUGCAUCCAUGCUUUCGUUCUUUUUUAAACACAAACAGUUUUGU